GUUGUCAGGGUGAGGAAGAGACGACAUUCAGACAGCUGAGCGCUACAAUACAAAUACUUCAUGAAUGUACUAACACCCUUUUAUCCUAGUAUAUUUGUUACUUUCCUCCUUAAUGUUAGUAUAUCUAGUACUUUGAAGCAACUUUUAUUGAAAUAAACGGACGAAUAACUACAACAGAAUCGGAUGGAUGAGAUGAUGAGUACGGAGAAAAUGGAAGAGGUGAGGGUGCUGGAGGCUCAGAUUGAACGUCUUCAGGCUGAAGUUGAAGCAUUGCAAUGCCAACAGCAGAACAACAACAAAGACAUUACGCUCCAACUGAGAGGAAAGAUGACGGAUGCCAUGUCAUAUCUGUGUGGACAGACGCAAGGAGAGUUGGAAGAGAAGGUGAUGUCACAGCUUAAGGAGGAGGUGGAGGAGCUGGAGGAGGAUCUGAAGCAGCAGACACAGAUGAAUGGUAUCUGUCUGAACAGCUGCAUCACAAAGACCCUGCAAAGUGGAAGUAAGCUGGUCCAACUGCUUUGUGUGUCGGGUCAAUGCUCUGAGCUGGUCUUUCAGGUAGAGUUCCAGCUCUCAGAGGUGAAGGAGGGUCAGCAGUCUGAGAGGACGAUCAGUGGUCUGAAUGUGGUGAUGGACAGCAGUGAUCUGCAGAAUUUCAGCAGCUUCCUGUCUGGGGUGGAGGAGAGAAGUGAUCUACUGCUGUUCUUCAGGACUCUAAGGACCUUCUCAGACAGAUGUGACGACCGUGGCAGAACCUUUGAGCACUUCAAGGAGAAGUAUCCGUCUGUCGUCUCGUUUCCUGGAGGCAGCAGGUCAGAAGUCAUGGCCCUGAAUCACCCAGAGCUCCCUGGCUGCGUCCUGUUCAUUCAUUGGUCAGUGGAGGUUUCUUGUGAGGGUGAAGUUACUCCGAAGGUCGGCCUGCUGACAAAGAUCCCUGAAGAAGCACUGCAGCUGUUUCCCUUUCAGUCUCUAGGAGGUGCUGCGGCGGCCUUUCAGAGUCUUCUGAGGAUUCUGGGACCAGAAGCUGCCGUGGAGUCUGUGAUCAGAGCCAUCAGCCUUUCACAGGAGUCAUGAGUCAUUAUUCAUCUCUAAGUAAAACUUUCAGUUAGAUUGGAAGAUAUGAUUCUUCAUCACCAACUCUUUUAUAUUUUAAUAUGGAGAUUGAGCUGAUGUAAAACAAGCACACAAAUCAGGAAACACACACACUUCAGUUUUUUAGUCUCUUAGAAAUGUUUAUUCAAUAUAAAGAGCCGGACUGUGACGUCUGUAACAGCGGAGCUCAUUGGUCAAAAUCUACAAAAAUAAAUAAUUUAAAUACAAAAUGCAA